AUGAGGGCAACGUCAGUAAACAAUGGAGCCAGAGCCGACAUUCCAAAACAUGAUGCCGAAUCUCAGCAAGCUGGGGAGCAGCAGUCCAGAAGCGCUUAUGAUACUACACUGCAUUCCCCAAAUAAGUUGACCUCAUUUCAAAACAUCCCCAUGUCAAUUAGAGGAAUCGUCCUUGUGUCAGUUCGUGAGUUGCCAGAUAAUUAUCGAUCGAUAUUUCACUUCCCGGUCUUCAACGCCGUCCAGUCAAAGUCGUUCCGCUCUGUCUACAAAACCGGCGAUAACAUAGUUCUUGCGGCACCGACGGGAAGCGGCAAAACUGUCAUCAUGGAGCUGGCAAUCUGCCGCUUGCUUGCCAAUCUGAAAGAUGAACGUUUCAAAGUCGUCUAUCAAGCCCCUACUAAAUCUUUGUGCUCCGAAAGGUUUCGCGACUGGAACAGGAAGUUCCAAACUUUGGGACUCCAAUGUGCUGAGUUAACCGGUGAUACAGAUCACACUCAGAUGAGAAAUGUUCAGAACAGUCAGAUAAUCAUCACUACCCCGGAGAAGUGGGACAGCAUGACACGUAAAUGGAAAGACCACACCCGACUGAUGCAGCUAGUCAAGCUGUUUCUAAUCGAUGAGGUCCACAUUCUGAAAGAGACGCGUGGGGCGACAUUAGAGGCCGUUGUAUCUCGAAUGAAAGCUAUUGGAUCCAAUGUCCGCUUUGUUGCUCUGAGUGCGACCAUCCCAAACUCCGAGGAUGUCGCGACGUGGCUAGGCAAAGAUGCCAUGAACCAGCACGUGCCAGCACAUCGUGAGCAUUUUGGCGAGGAGUUCCGUCCGGUCAAACUUCAGAAAUUCGUCUAUGGGUAUCAAUCGCAUGGCAAUGACUUUGCAUUCGAUAAAAUCUGCAGUUCAAAACUACCCGACAUUAUCGCUGCUCAUUCGUGCAGGAAACCAAUUAUGAUUUUUUGUUGCACCAGAAAUUCAACUGUAGCCACUGCAAAAGAGCUUGUUCGGCUGUGGUCUACGUCCAAUCCUCCUGCAAGGCUUUGGAAAGGCCCCAAUGAACGCAUGGAGGCUCAUAAUGUCGACUUGAAAGGCACGCUUGUUGCCGGGGUCGCCUUUCAUCAUGCUGGACUUGAUCCUGCGGACCGACAUACGGUUGAAACUGGCUUUUUGGAGGGACAGGUUAACAUCAUUUGCUGCACCUCGACACUUGCAGUGGGUGUGAACCUUCCAUGUCAUUUGGUGAUAGUCAAAAACACCGUGGGAUGGCAAGAUGGUGGCUGUCGGGAAUAUUCCGACCUUGAGAUCAUGCAAAUGCUUGGCCGUGCUGGUCGGCCUCAAUUUGACGACAGCUCUACAGCCGUAAUUCUGACUAGAAAGGAGCGCGUCAAUUACUAUGAAAGACUCUGUUCUGGGUCUGAGAGCCUUGAGAGCUGCUUGCACUUGAAUUUGAUUGACCAUUUGAAUGCUGAAAUCGGGCUAGGGAAUGUUACAGAUAUCGAGUCGGCCAUUAAAUGGCUUGCUGGAACUUUCUUGUUUGUGAGGCUGAGAAGAAACCCAACACAUUAUCACCUUAAGGAAGGUGCCAAUAGAGACGAUGAGGAUGAGAUGCUUCGACAAAUCUGCGAGAAAGACAUCAAUCUUUUGAGGGAGUGUGGCUUGAUCGCUCCGGAGCAGCUGCGAUCCACACAAUACGGAGAUGCAAUGGCCCGGUAUUAUGUUCGUUUCGAAACGAUGAAGACGUUUCUGUCCUUGAAGCCGCGGGCUACCAUCUCACAGAUUUUCUCUGUGGUUGUCCAGGCAGAGGAGUUCCGUGAAGUUCGUCUCAAAUCCGGGGAAAAGUCGCUGUACAAAGAGCUCAACCGUGCGAAUGGUAUUCGCUUCCCAGUUAAAGUGGAUAUAGCCCUUCCAGCCCAUAAAGUCUCGCUCCUCAUUCAAGCCGAACUAGGUGCCGUGGACAUCCCGGACGGUGAGCAAUUCCAAAAGCACAAGUUCAGCUUCCAACAGGACAAGAGUUUCGUUUUCUCACAUGUCAAUCGACUCAUUCGUUGUAUCAUCGACUGCCAAAUCGCUCUUGCAGACUCGGUUGCUGUUCGCCAUGCUUUAGACCUCGCAAGGAGUUUUGGGGCCAAGGUGUGGGAUUACUCCGCGCUCCAGAUGAAACAGAUCGACCAGAUCGGCAUCGUGGCUGUUAGGAAAUUAUCAGCUGCUGGGAUCACCAGCCUUGAGGCAUUAGAGCUCACAGAAGCCCAUCGAAUCGAUAUGAUCUUGAGCAAGAACCCACCGUUCGGAAUGAAAGUGCUCAGUCGUGUUGCGGACUUCCCGAAGCUUCUGGUGUCUGUUAGGAAGACAGGCAGAGAUGUCAAGCCAGGGUGUCCGAUCAGAAUCCGAUUCACAGCUGACAUAGCGUUCAUGAAUGAAAAGUGUCCGAUCUAUUUUCAGAGACGUCCAAUCUAUGUCUGCUUCCUAGCGGAAACAUCUGGUGGCCACCUGAUUGACUUCAGGCGGAUCAGUGCAAGUAAACUACAAAGCAACCACGGAAUUACGCUCAGUGCAGAGAUCAAGGAUCGAGAUCAGUCGAUCAAAUGCCACGUCAUGUGUGAUGAUAUCGUUGGAACUUUGAGGUCUGCAGAGAUACAAACAGAUCUGCCACAAGCCCUGUUUCCGACCCGUUCGACUGUAGAGACACCAGCCACUAAUCAGAAUCGCUUGAAUACAUCCCUUCCACAUAUCAAUGGAUCCCAAACCAGAUUGAGCUCAGCCCCAAAGACGGAUACUUUUGACAGUGAUGACCAGCUGUUUAAUGACUUCCUUGAGACAGAUUGCAUUCGGCCCAGUAAAUAUACUACAUUAGGGCAUAAAGAACAAGCAUCUGUUGAAAGCGCUCCUACUGACAAUUUCUUGCCUUUGAACGAAAUCACAGAACCAGUCCGUCUGGAGAAUGGCAAAUGGGCAUGCAACCACAAAUGUAGAGACAAAACUGCAUGCAAACACUUCUGCUGCCGAGAUGGAUUGGACAAGCCCCCCAAAGGAAGCAAGAAACAACACUGCCCCGGGACCCAAAAGCAAGAGAAGCUCAGCCAGCUUACUCUCUCAGCCAGCGUCACAAAGAGACCAGUACAGCAUGAACCGCUGAAAGCCGAGAAAAAGAAUUAUCUGUUCCCCUCUGGCCCGCAGCCGAGUUCUGCCAGCACUUCCUUGCCUCCCAGUCAUUCUCCGGGAAAUCCUCGCAUCAUCGAUUUGAGAUCUUCAAGUGACUACGGCGAUGACAGCUUUGACGACCUGCCUUCGCCAUCCGCUCUGCUCCUGGGGAAAUCAACGAAAGCGCCAUUCCUCGGCACUGACAAGCCCAUCGAAGCACCCAACAUGGAGGAUUUAUUUAAAGGAGACGACUGGCUCUUCGCUGAUGAGCCACUCCAUCUGACCCAGACCGCAGCUGAUGAUUGCUCUCCAUAUCACAACGAGGUCGUUGGCCAAGGAUUAGACAGGGACAGUAUACCUUCUCAGAAGAAAGAGGUGUCUGCAAACAACCCAAACGAGUCACAAGUCAGUCUGAGGAUCAAAAGCUCUUCUCCUGAGGAUGAUACCUCAGUCAAUCCAAUCUUCAAUUCCCCUUCCUUAAGCCCUGACUGCCCAAAAGGGAUGGGAACAGCUACGAAAAGAAAAUUGUCGCAGAUAGCACCAAAUCACCAAGAAUACGACCACAGAGAGCCAAAGCAAAGACUGACAGAGAAACGAGUGAGCACUCAAGAUCGACCCUCUGCAGCACCAGGUACAUCGACAAUGCCGCCCGACUGGGAUGAUAUCGACCCUGCGCUGUUGGAUGAGUUCAAGGAUAUUAUCAACUUUUUCUGA